AGCGAUGGGUGUUAAAAAAGCAAGAUGUCGGCCGACGGCGGCGGGCGAGUGUCGUGGUCAUGUGGUGCUGAGACCCGUUGACCUGAUAGGUGUUCUCACCCGUACUGUCAUAAAGCAAACGGGGCGAAAACAUGCGUUAGACGUCGGUGAGAUGAGCCGGUUUUGUUGUUUUCGAAAACUGUUGUGUCGGCGGAACUCGCUCGGCCGCCAAUAUCGACGGCGGCUGCUACUCACUUCGUUGCCCUGCAGCUUGUUGUCGGAGUGAAGUUAGUCGGAACAACGGCCGAUGAAAUUGCACCCACGUCGAAACAUCAGUCUUCACUUCGCUUUUUCUCUUAUACUCUCCCCCCUCCCCCCUCCCCCUGCUGAUACCGCUGCUGCUACCGCGGCCUGAUAUUCAAUCACCGGAAGACGUUAUCAAUGGUGAAGCAGCUGCAACAACGCCAUGACGCUGCCGGAUCGGCGAAGGUUCACGCGAAUGCAACGCGUGUCAAGUCAAGGUCGAGGAAGUGUUGCCGGCCUCAAAGGCGACUGAACCGUUCCCAAGUUCUGAAAAUGCAACCGAGGAAACAACCAAAGCCAGAUCAAGAGGCCCAAAGCGUCGCCUCCGAUGGAGGUAACAGUGGAGCAGUGAAUCCCGGUACCGUACCAAACGGAGAAACUUCUAAGCAGUUUCUAUCGACUGGAAGAACCGGACGCAGAAAUGCACUGCCCGAUAUUCUGGGGCAUCAUGCAGAUACGGAUACAGCCGAUCUACCAUCUCGGCUGGAGGCCCUGACGACGGAAACAAAGCAAGCCGAGCCGAGCACCAGCAAAGACGGGGCGUCAACUUCACAGCAAUACACAGGGUGACAGCGCCCCGUUUUUUGGCUGACAAGAAGGGAGAAAUUUUCUGCAACUGCUUUGUGCUCGUACGAUGUGAAGAGAUUAUUGAAAAUGGACUUCGCAAUUGAAAACUAAACCCUGGCAAAGCUGGGAAUCAAUCAAUUGCAGAGAUAGUAAUUUCGCCCAUGAAGUUUUUGGGAUUGCGGUGAGAUUAAAAUUAUCCGAGAAUGUGAGAAUGACGAUCUUCGUUCUCAGAUCGCCAACGAGGCUUGAGUUCCUGUGACGUGAGAUAAGUAUUAUGUAUUAAAUUAGGCUAAAAUACAGAAAUUAAGU